GUAGGUAAGUUAUCGGCAUCCAUUGCCUGCCAUGCGAUAGGUAGGCCUCACUGGUUUCAGGAGUUAUCUCCCGGAAACCUGUUUGCACCCACGAUUAUAGAUUUAAGUGCCGCAGAUCACCAUCCCGCCUUCACACCAUUAUGGGUGUCCGUAAAUAAACACUCUCUCUAACGGUUAGGACCCCGUACGAUCUCCGUAAACUCUUAGGUAUGCCGGUUUCGUGCUUCUAUACAUCUCUCAAACCAUUCAUUCACCAUUAUGAUCUUGCAACUAGAGAUGAAUACUCGACGCGAUGAAGCCUUUCACCAUCAGACUGUCUGUGCUAUUCGUGUUGCGUAUCGGGGUGGACUGUGCAAAGAUAGCAUCGAGGCAGAUCAACCUAGGCGGCCACUCUUACUUCCUGCCGCCGACUAAGGCAUGGUACUUCCAAUCCUGGAGACCAGGAUUAAUUCAGUCUGAAGACGAGUUUAUCCCGCUCACUGUCACCCGAGUAGACAGUAGUAAUGUCACCGAAGAAGGGCUAAGAGCCACUUUCGCAGAAUAUAACACCACAGACGAUGUAUGGACUCCGGAUUUCACAGAGUCUAUUUUCAUGCAAUCCCCGGUGAACGGCUUCAGUAGGCUCCUGGCGAGCGAGCUACAGCCGCAGUACUCGAUCAACUACUUAUUUUGCAGUGCCACCAACCAUUCGAGUAUCCCUGACGUCCCUACCGGGCCAUACUUUAUUCAGACGUACACAGGGCACGUAUACCGAGCCUAUAAAUUGAUCAAUGACGCCAGUCAAGCCUUCAUUCAGUCCUCAUACCAAGAUGACGAUGGCGUCCAUCACCCACUUGCGGCAGCAUCGAUGUCGGCCGGCGCACUGACCGUCGGAAUUCCAUCUCGUCUGUAUUAUACUCGGACACCCGAAAAGCCCCUUGCUGGACUCCGCAUCGCAGUCAAGGAUAUUUACGACCUCAAGGGUCUCAAAACUAGUGGUGGUAACCGUGCAUUGUACGAGAUGGGGCCGGUCAAGAACACCACAGCUCUCCCGGUCCAGAAACUCGUCGACGCUGGUGCGGUUGUGGUUGGCAAAACCCACCUUUCGGAAUUUGCGUUUGCGGGCGGCCAGAUCCCCGAACACGUGGAUUAUAUCCUCCCCUUCAAUCCGAGAGGUGACGGGUAUAACUCCCCAGGCGACAGCUCUGGUGGCUCAGGAUCAGCCGUCGCUAGUUACGAGUGGCUCGAUAUGAGCAUGGGAAGCGACACAGGUGGCAGCAUUCGGGGGCCGGCUAUCAAUAACGGUGUGAUGGGAAACCGGCCUUCUACCGGUGCGGUCGAUCUACUCGGAGUCCUCCCGCUCUCCAGCGCAAUGGAUACCAGCGGAGUGUUAGUUCGUGACCCCAUGCUUUGGUCAGUCGUUAACAGGAUCCUCUACUCCGGAUUUGCAAGGGAUUUUCCUGCCUUGCCGAAGCACAUCUACAUAUAUGCGGAACAGGUUAACCAGUACGCCGACGCCACAGGAGAGUCAGAAAUUUGGUGGAGCAAAGCGCAGCAAUUCGUGAAAAGGGUUUCCAGACUCCUACAAGCAAAUUCCACUCAGCUCUCACUCGAUGAUCUCUGGAACAAGACAAGUAAGAAUUUACAGCGUCUCGAAAAUACUCCGUUAAGUGAAGUGGUUGCAUAUACAUAUGGGAACCUUACAACAUAUGAGCAAUGGACCUUAUUUGGCCGGGAAUACGUUCGAACUUGGAUGGAAGCACACGAUGGCGAAUUCCCAGCCAUGGUUCCUAAUACGCGCGAUGGAUGGCUGGCAGCGAACGCAUCAAUCACGCCUGACUUGCAUCAACAGUCACUUGAAAAUCUCGCGGCCGUCCGACAGUGGGUGGAAGAUGAGUUCCUUCGGCCGGAUGAAGACUCAUGUUCUGAUGCAAUAUUUCUAUACUUCACUCCUCCGGACAUGAAUCUGUCGUAUAAGCCCAAGGUGGACGAGGACACAUAUAAUCCCUCUAUCAGACACCUUAUAUUCACCGACGCCAUAACGGCCAUCACGGCGGCUCGACUCAAUAUGACUUUGGUUUGCGUCGUUGAUCGAAACGAUUCGAAAAAGAACGCUGCAUGUCAAGACGCUAAAGAUACACUUCGACAAUUGAGUAGCCACUUAGCAGGAAGACUGGCCAUGCCCCACCAGACUCACCCAUCGAAAGUAGCAUCUAUUGCAGGGCUUCCGGAUUUUGCUAUUACGCUAGGGGAGAUGGAGAUGGCAGCCACAGUGUCACAGGCGACGAUGAAACCCCAGUCAUUACCGUGGGGAGUGAAUAUUAUGGCUGGCCGAGGAUGUGAUUUCAUGUUGCAGGAAUUGGUAUCCGCGCUUGCUCUUUCAGGUAUUAUUAAGCCAAUUAAGGCUGGAAAACAUGUUUAUUAAUCGUCCCAGGCAGUUAGGGUGCAUAGACUAGAGGUGCUGACUCCAACAAGGACGGAGGAAGCAAGAGAUGCAUCAUUAGUAUUGUUAUUGCCACUGGACAACAUCGAUUAGCUAUUAAUGUAGUUAGUAAUAUAAGGCCUAUAGAAGUUUUGAACAAACUCUAGUGGC